UGGCAUCAAAGGGUUUAUAAUGAAUGGAAAAAUGUUGCCGUUGGUUCUCCUGAUCGCAAUGCUUUGCGUAUCGGCUCAUGGAGAAGCUAUCGCCAUUGAACAGAUACUGUCGCUCUGCUGUCAGGACGGCGAAGAGUGGGGCACACAGAACCGGCUCUGCUCGACCUACAACAAAUCUCUGGAGCUGGUACCGGCUGGAUUGCACGGUCUGUGCCUCUCGACCAUCGAGAUAUGCUGCUCGAAGCAGCAUAAGAUCUACCAGUGCACGGCCGGCCAGAUUGCCGCCCGGCAAGGACUCAGCUGCUCCCUGAAGGGCGACCAUUCGGGAUCGGAGUUCUACACGGAUUGCUGUGAGGCAUGCAAAAUCGGGCUCGUGGUCGGCUCUAGUGCAAACAAGUGCUCGGUGGAACCGUUCUCCUUCGGCAGCCCCUGGGACGAGAUCUAUGAUGCGUGCUGCAACGACAUCAAAACAGAAGGUGAAAUCAUACUCCUCGGAGGCCAUGAUGAGCAGGGCCUGUGCGACCAAUUUCCGACGAUCUGCUCGCAUGUGUGCGAAAACAUUGAGGGAGGUUCGUAUGUGUGCAAGUGCCACCCGGGAUUCGAGCUACUGGAUGACAAGAAAACGUGUGUUCCAGUUACGGAUGAGGAUAAUGAAACUGCACAGCAAACUAUCUGCGAGAAAGGUUUCCAGCGAAAUGCACGUACGGAUGAGUGCGAGGACGUGAACGAGUGCGAAACGGGUGAGGCCACCUGCGACGCCGUACGUCAGAUUUGUCGAAACUCACGUGGCGGCUACCAGUGCGUGGAUAUUAUCCUCCCGGAUAUCGCUUGCGAGCCAGGAUAUCAGCCGAGGGACGGCAAAUGUGAAGAUGUCAACGAAUGCGAUGAAGAAGGAGCUUGCGAUCAGGGAUACCAAUGCGUCAACAUCGAAGGAUCUUACGAGUGUAUAGCUGUGGUACCGAAUUAUCAAACUACACCAAGAAGGAAGACUGAAGCGUGUACUCCAGGCUUCAGGCGACAUAAUGAUCAGUGCGUUGAUAUCGAUGAGUGUGCCGCCGAUAGGAACGCUUGCGACAGUAAUCAGGUGUGCACGAAUGAGAUCGGUGGAUUCAGGUGUGAUUGUAAAAUUGGAUUCAUCUUGGAUGCCGUGACAAACGCGUGUGUUGACAUUAACGAGUGCCAGGUAAAUGCCCAUGAGUGUCUGGACACGCAACGUUGUGACAACACGAUUGGAUCAUACACCUGCAUCCGCCUACAGAGCUGUGGCACAGGAUACACGCUUAACGCGGAAACAGGACAUUGUGAUGACGACGACGAGUGUGCCCUCGGGCGCCACAACUGCCGACCCCCGUUCGAAUGCUUCAACACCAAGGGCUCCUUCCGGUGUCGCCAACGAUCCAAGUACCAGCCUCCGGCGCAUGGCUUCACCAGCACAUCGACGUCAACCAGUACGACCACCUCUACCACCGCCCAGCCUUACCGGGCUCGGUACUCCUCGUACCAGCCGUACCUUCCGCCUUGCGGCAUCGGUUUCGAGCGAAACACCCUGGGCGCGUGUGUCGAUAUCGAUGAGUGUGCUGGUACGGGAAGAUGCCAUAGACAUCAGCAGUGCAUUAAUACCAACGGUUCGUACCGGUGCCGGGACCUUCUCACCUGCCCAGUAGGAUUCCGGGCUAACGACGAUGCAACGGAGUGUUUAGAUAUCGAUGAGUGCGCCACCGGCGAGGCCCACUGUGCUUCCGACCAGACGUGCAAGAACAAACAGGGUGGGUACGUGUGUGUCUGCCCACCAGGGCACAUGAUCGGGCGAAACCAGCACUGCGAGGAUAUCGACGAGUGCGCCAUGUACGUCUCGAAGGUCUGCCCGCAAAAUUCGGACUGCGUCAACACGGUUGGCUCGUACCGCUGCGACUGCACGGAGGGCUUCAAGAAGCACAGCCCGAACGAGAUGCUUUGCACGGACGUGGACGAGUGCAAGGAGAUACCGGGGCUGUGCCACCAGCGCUGCCUGAACUACUGGGGCUCGUACCGGUGCGGCUGCAACCCGGGCUACAGGCUGAGCUACAACAAUCGCACCUGUGACGACGUGGACGAGUGCGAGGAGUACAAAUCGACCAACCUGUGCGUGGGAAUCUGCGAAAACACCCCGGGUUCGUACGCUUGCAGCUGCCCGCCUGGUUACAAGCUCGGAUCCGACGGCAGAAGCUGUAUCGACAUUGACGAGUGCCAGACGCGGGAGGUGUGCAAUGGGCACCACGACGUGUGUACCAACAUCGGCGGGAGCUACCGCUGUACGUCCAUCGAAUGUCCUUACGGCUACCGCCACGAUGCCGACCGGCGCAACCGUUGCGAGCGUAUCAAUCGGUACUGUAAUGUCGGCGAUAUUGAAUGUCUUCGGCGGCCGCACUCGUACUCGUACAAUUUCCUGACAAUCGUGUCCAAUAUUCCGGUGCCACCGGAGGGCCGCGGCCUUUUCACCCUUGCCGGUCCACAGCAGUUUGAAUUGAUCGAAUUCGACUUGAAACUGGUGUCGGUUGAUGCGGCUCCGCAUGUUCGCGAGGUGGAUAUGUACUACUUCAGUCUCGACAAGAAGACGAACGAAGCUCAGCUGAACCUUAAAAGAAGCAUCGAAGGACCACAGGAUAUAGAGCUGGAGUUGAAGAUGACAGUGUUCCAGAACGGCCAAAUGUACGGAUCGAACGUAGCAAAACUGUUUUUAAUGAUAUCGGCUUAUGAGUACUAGAAUAGUUUUUACCGUUGGAUUUCUUCCCAAAUCUGCGGUGGUUUUUCAUAGCUUUGUAAAAGAAUCAUACUAUGCACUGCAUGCUUUUCUUUUUGUAUAACAAUGUACUUGAAACAUUGAGUAGGUUAAUUUACUGCAAUAAAUAAACUGUGAAUUACACAUGAGUUCUAGCUCCUAAAGUA